AAUACUCGAACCGGAGUUAGCGGCCGCUGAAGCCCAGAACAAUCAGCCCAUCCUCCAAUCUGUCCUUGAAGCCAUCCAUCCCUACUUUGUAAAGCUUCAGGACUCAGCUGAUAAAAUGAGCAACGCAGCCAGACGGAUGGAACAAGAACGAGAAGAAGCAAGAUUGCGAAUACCAAUCAGUGCCAACCCCAUCCACCAUCCAGCAUCGACGUCUCCAGCAAUAUUCUGGGAAGAACCCCUGAGGCCGGCUUUCCACCAGGCCACAAUCAAGAGCUACCAAGCGGACAGUUCUAAAGGCAAUGCGGAGGAAAUCCAUGGAGUUUCUAUUACAAGUUUAGAUAUUGAUCGAGCAAUGAUGCCGGAGGGUCUCAAGAACGCCCAAAUUAAAGGAUUGUGGGACAGAGCAAGCGACAUGGCGGCAUUACCAGGUAAGUGCUCGCCAGGAGGGGGUGAUAGUGAAAGUGGUGGAGCAGGCUAUUCGACUGAAUUUGUGGAAGAUUACGUUGAACGAGGUCUGAUGCCCCGCAUCAUCAAGGAAACCUAUGUCAACUUCUUGGCUCUUCUCAACAAGAUCCGCCACAAAGAUAUGGGAUCGGAUGAAGCCUGGGAAGACUCGGAGGCCUACGUCAUACUCCAGGUCCACUCCGAGAAUCUCCUGGACAUCUGCACGAACUCCAACAGCAAGAAGAUGUUGCUCCUCCAAAAUUACAUCUACCUACACGAUGCCCGCAAGAAGGACUUUGGCAGCAACACCAUCACGGAAAAGAAUAUUGGAAGGGUCGACAAGAUGAAUCAGAAGCUCCAAAGGGAGUUGGAAUCUCUUUGGGUGGCCAAAGGUCGAGGAGGCCGGGAACCUACCAAGGACAAGGACAAGGAAGGAGAUUCGACUCUCAAAAAGUGUUCUCAAUGCAAGAGUCGCACCCUGCACACUGCCUUGAAACUUGAGCACAACAAGACUGUUUGCCCCCUGGCAGGGCAUGCCGGCUCAUGGGCCAAGGUCGCGGCGGAACAAGUUGCCACUGCCGUCUUAGCAAACAAAGAGCGCCCGGUUGGAGAUAUUAUCAAGGAAGUCUCAGACAACUGGCCCAAGAAAUCCUAA